AUGGCCGCGGCCAGUUUAAGAAAUCUUUGCAGCAAGGUCUCAACGGCUCUGACGGCUUCCAGGUCAGCAAUAAGUAUUCAAGCCCCUGCUUGCACUGGCUGUCAGUUUUGUCUUAGCCUCUUAAAUAAGAAUACAAGUGCUACAUCUUUUUAUCAGUGUCGAUUACUUCAUACCACAUUGCCAAGGAAAGGCCUGGAAGAAUUUUUUGAUGAUCCGAAGAAUUGGGGAGAAGAGAAAGUGAAAUCUGGUGCUGCAUGGACCUGUCAGCAAUUAAGGAACAAAAGCAAUGAAGAUUUACAUAAGCUUUGGUAUGUCCUCCUGAAAGAAAGAAAUAUGCUCCUGACCCUACAGCAGGAGGCCAAGCGGCAGAGAGUGCCCAUGCCCAGUCCAGAGCGGCUAGACAAGGUAGUAGAAUCCAUGGAUGCAUUAGAUAAAGUUGUCAGAGAAAGAGAAGAUGCCAUAAGACUUCUUCAAACUGGUCAAGAAAACUCUAGGCCUGGUGCUUGGAGAAGAGACAUCUUUGGAAGAAUCUUCUGGUACAAGUUUAAGCAGUGGUCUAUACCUUGGUACCUAAAUAAAAAAUAUAAUAGGAAACGAUUCUUUGCAAUGCCCUACGUGGACCGUUUUCUCAGACUGAAACUUGAGAAACGAAUCCGCAUCAAAGCAAGGAAGGCAAGUUUAGAGAAAAAGAAUGAAAAAUUUCUUCAAGAAAAGUUUCCUCUCUCUGGAGCCCAGAAGUCAAGUGCUACCUGAGAUGUCUGAACUCUUAUCAUUUUGUUUUCUUGGAUAAUAGUUUAUAUAUAAAAAAUAUGUUAA